UGUAUGCAUCGCAUCUUCUUACAAAGAGAUAAAAAGAGAGUGAAGAAAAUGGGAGAAAGCACUGCUGCCGACCAACGCAAAAUUGCGAUUAGCAUCAAGUCUCAGGAUGGAGCAAAAAUGUUUUUCAGAGUUGCAGGAGAUCAGAGAAUUCAAGAAUUGCUCAAAAUUUAUUGCGAGAAAAAGAAUUUUGUGUACAGGGAGGUAUCUUUCAUUCACAAUGGAGAUCGUAUCCAACCUAAUCAAACUCUCAUUCAGCUUGGCAUUGGAGAUGGAGAUGAGAUAGCUGCAAUGCAACAUCAGAGUGGAGGUGGCAACCUAACGGCCUUUGUGUUUGCGUGAAUUUAACCACCUAUCCUUAUCAUGUUAUUUAUCAUUUGAAACUUUUGUUUCAUCUCCAUGAAAGAAGUGUGCAACUUUUGUUUACCAACUUCUUAUUAUUUAAUCGUAUUUUAAAAACGUUCGAGCGACUAGUAUGUUGUCUUUUAUGUCCAUUCGGAUAUUUUAUUAGAAUUAAUUAUUAAAGGAUC